AUGGCCGCAGCAAUCAAGGCCCUCAAUGCGAAGAUUCGCUCAAACCCCUACACCGACUACCUCUGCUCGACCCGUGAGUGCUCCCACGAGGACAAGACUCGGACAUUGCGCUGUGACCAAGCACAAUCACCAGCGUCCUGUCUUGCGCUCGCCUGUCGCCAGCCAUACCACGCCCAUACUGACAUGACUUGUUCUGCACAGACNUUCUGGGGUCCCGCAUCCAACUUUGGUAUCCCCCUCGCUGCCGUCAUGGACACACAAAAGGACCCCGAAAUGUAA